GAACUUCCUUCACUAAACUCACCAAAACGCAAAAAAAAGCCUCAUCUUCAGACAACUCUUCGAUGGGAGAGGAUUCUUCUUCCAACAAUGAAUCAGCCGCGAAGGAGUUUGGGUGAACUUUGUCUGAAAUAACCUCCACCCACACAGCCAUCGGAAACUCAUGUUUCAUGUUGAUCUUGAUAUUUUGAUCGAUUCCUUGACUCUCUUUUCUGAUGAAGCAUAUUCUGCCAUUACCAGCUUAGAAUCGGGUGGAUCUGCCUAACCUUUAACAAGAGCUUCAAAGGAGUUUCAAUCCGGUGGACAUGGAGGCUUUUCCGUGGCUGGGGAGGUUUUCUGGCGGUUGGCGAGGCUAAUUCAAUUGCUAGGUUUGUUUUCUUCAUCUUACAGUUGUCGUAAUUCCAUUCUUCUAUUAAGCUUUGUAGCCAAUCUAUUUUUUAGGAAAGAGGUUACAUUCCAUUGUUCGUGGAUAUGGGAACUCCAACUCACCUACCCAAGCCUUGUCCAGUAUAUAUGGAAUGUGCACUAAGUCCCAUUAGUAUCUCUCGGUUGUGGGUAUUUGCGGUUUCACAAAUUAAGGUUUAGGAAUGUUGUUUUAAUGUUCCCUUUUCUCAGAAGCUUUGUAUUCUUUCUGAAGUUGAGGAACAUAUAAGAUCAUAACCUUUCUCGUGGGCGAUAAUUUAGAAAUUGAUUACCCAAUGAUGCAGUUGAAGGAUCUCUUGAAUGGUAAGCAGUUUCAUUGUGACCCGACGUGAGGCUGGAUGUGUAGUUUCCAACGUCUUCUCCAGCUUCAAACUCUCUUGGAGGUCAAGCUUCUCUUCAACCAAACAAACACCAGUUUCUGACCAUCUAGAUUGGUGCGAUCUUGAUAUGUUGAACUUCUCCUUACCAGUAAUGCUGGAUAGCAAUAUGUUUUUACUGGGAAAAUGGCAUGGAAAUAGGAGUGUGAGUUGCGGGUCAUUAAUUGAUGAAAAGAUGGGCGGGAACGGUUUAGUCUAGCUUGAGCACUGGUUGAAUAAACUUCUUUGGUGGUGUUAUCUAAUGAUCUAUUAUCUGGAUGUAGUUCAAAAGGUGUUGGAACAUCUUUUUAAAUUGGAUGUAUUUGGAAAUUUGAAAUUUCAUAUACUAAGGUCUCGUUUAGUAUCAUUUUGUUGCUGUUGUGAUUGCAGUGGUGUUGUGUAAACAGAUGUACAACCACAACAGGAAAAAAACAGAAAACACAAAUCUGUUUAGUUGAUAAAUCUGAAAAAUCAUGAAAGCUGAAAACAAGAAACAAAAACACGUUUAAUUACUACUAUAAGAACUAAAAACCAGAAAAAAUAGAUAUGUGGCAGCGACGGCAGGGUCGGGCGGCGGCGACGGCUGUUGAGAACGGGAGGCGCGGAGGCGGCCGGCGUUUAUGGCUGGAGGGGGAGAGCGGCGCCUCGUGUUCGAGAGAAAAUGGAGGGGUUGGGGGCGGCUGAAAGUAAGUAGGGUUUUGGAGUGGUAUGUGUUAAAUUUUUUUUUUUGCUUCUGUGGGGAUUCGAAAACUGGUAUGUUUUAAUGAAAUCAAGCGCCCAACCAGUAGGAAUCCCGUGUGCAACAUGUUUAAGAAUCAGAUCCAAAGCUAUAAAUUGUUGUUUCUCAUAUUUGAGCCUUGUUGUGCAACCUGAUUCACAACAAAAAAUAAAAACCCAAAUAAACACGAUUUUUUUCUUGGUUUUCCAAAUUUCUUAAAACACAACAGGAAACAAAAACAAGCAACAAUACUAAACGGGCCUUAAUUUUCUAUCAAACCAGAGACCACAAUUUCCAAACUGGGUCUUUUUCAUACUACAAUACAGAAAGCAAAAGGUUGAUUGAUUGUAUUAAAUUUUUCCUUCUUCUUGUCUUGAUACUGCAAGAUCUUUACCAAAUUUGAACGUAUUAUUAAUCCCUAGUCUGUCGAAAUGACUCAUGAAUUUUGUUUCACAACAAUCCUUCCCUCUUUCCAAUCCACCGACUAUCUAAGCACGCCCCUUGUUUUGGAAAUCUUAAAAGAUUGUCGUGCACCGAUCAAGCAACUGAUAAAGAGCAGCAUAUAUUUGGUGUCACUGUCAUAUAGUGUCGAAGACGAAAAGUGUGUUCAAAAUUAAGGUUUCUUCCGCCGAGGAAGGACAUGAUGGAAUCAAGGAAAACAAACAUGAUCUUUUGGGGGCUGAUGGAAGUUUUUUAGACGGCCAUUUGUCAUCUUCACUUAAGGACAGAAUUAGAACAUCGGAAGUUCAAGCAUUGAUGCUGAUUGCACUCAACAAAAUUAGCUGGACAACCUGAAUAUCAGUGGGUUAACAUCACAAAGGAGUAAGGAUUGCAAAUUGAGUAUAAGUGUUGGUUUAUCAUUUAGAGGUUUGAGAGGGUAAUUUGAUUAAGGUUAUAGUGAAUGCUAACAGGAGCUGCUUGCUCUGUCAACUACCACUCUGGGGUAGAUUCAUCCCCGAUUCAUAAAGAAAAACUGCUAUAAUGAUAUAGCAACCAAAUUAAUGCCUUUUGAAGUUGGAAGGAACUCAAUGAAGGGUUUCUCUAAAUACUCAUUGGAAGGCUCAAACUUCAAAAUCCUGCAGGCUUUGCUCUGUACGCGAGCUUGGGAAGCUGAAUACCAACCGUCGGUAAAAGCAGCUGUCCUUUUCAUUCACCAGCAUUCCCCUGUCUUGCGUGCUGGUAAAUUGAAGUCUUGGGGGGUAAGGAACAUAUUCACUGCUUUCCCAUAUGGCUUUCGCUUUUUGAGAUUAUGUUCUUCAUCUGAUGGUAAUUCUUUGAAUUGUGAUUUUAGUGAGAAAACAAAAGUGAAUUAUGGAUUGGGAUUUCUCCUACAUGUUGGUAAAAUCUCUGGCCUCGCUAUCUCCCGACGGCUUCAGUGACCCACCUCCAAUGGAUCAACAUGUUGUGUAAGUAUCAGAUUCUCUUGGUUUCAUUAUGUAUUGUGGUUUGGUGAACUAAGAAAAUAAAGUGUUCUAGAAUAUAAAUAGAUAAAAUGCUUAAUUAAUAAAAUUCAAAUGAUUAACAUUAAGGAACCAAAUGUACAUAGACAUGAUUCAACCAUAGAAAAUAGGAAACCAACAAAAAAUAAAAUGACCAGCUAUUCACAAAACACUUGCUGGUCAUAGUUAAAGAAAAAUGAAAAACACUUGCUACUACCAAUGUCCACCCAUCAUGAAACCCACUAACUUGAAGAAACUCACAGAAACAUAAACCAAUAAGCAUUUCCGAUAACAGAAUCUACCAGAAAAGCUUGCGAAGGACCAAAUCACAUUCGGCCGUGGCAAAGUUAAAAUCCACCAGUUAGAUCAUAAUUCAUAAGCUUAAAUGAUUUGCCCCUCAGCCAAGCUAAGAGUAUCCUGAAAUUAUUGGUCCAUUCUUUGUAUGUUGCCUGAUAAACUUUAAAAACAUGGUGUCAGUAAGACUAACUUUCAAAAUAUUAGGGAAAGUUCAAAGAAAAAGCACCACUAAUUUGAGGGAAAACAGAUUAAUGAAUGCACAACUAAAAUCCAUAAGACAUGCAAAUCAUCUUCAAACACAAAGCUUUUGACCACUCACCCAAUGAAUCGGAGGUAAACAGCCUUUCUCCUAAAAAAAUCAACAUCUUGGAAUAGAGCUUCUUCCGGUCCAAUAACUACAACUUGUCGAACUAUGUCUGCCCAAAUACAAAUGUAAAGGGAGUGAAUAGGUAAACAACUAUAAAUUAAGAUUCGAGGACUCAAUCAAAUUAACAGACAGAUAAGUAUGGUUGUGGACAGCUUGAGGAAGAUCCUCGGCUGCCAAAAAAACGGAAGUUGUAGAUUGGUAUGUCAGGAGCAUUUGCGGCUUCUUGAACCAUUUUAUCCUCUUGAAAGAAGAUUCUGAGGGUAGGAGGUGAAACCCUAUAGUAACCAUGAUACCCACGAACCACAAAAUUUCGCAGUACGUAGAUCCUUCCCACCUGAAGAAUGGGUUGAAACACUGGAAUAUGAACCGUACCAACUAAUCCCUGCAUCUCCGACCCUACAAAAGAAAGUGAAUUUUAGUUUAUCAUUUUACAGUGUCAUGUCGACUCUAAAAUAGUAAAUAUCAUCACUGUAAACUAAUGAACAGAAUAAUACCUCGUUUUCUAGAAAUAACAUAUGGAGUUGGUGAAUCUCAAUGCCAUCUGGCUUCAUUGUUUUCCACAAUCGCAUGAUCCUCAUGCGAACAGUAGCGUCGUCUUGAUGCAAAUUCAGUUGGGAUAAACUCAGAAAAUCCAUGGAUGCUUUGAAACCAAAAGAAGUAGAGGAAUUUUCUCAAAAUGGCGUGAGAUUCUCUCUUCAUUGAGCAUGGCUUUAAAUAGUGUUCAUGGAAGAUGUAAGAUAUUUUUGUAACUGACAGUAAGAGUGGAGGUAAUGGGAUUAAACCCAACAAGAUUGUGUACCACGAUGUAGCUUCAGAAUAGGAAAAUUUUAAUUUAUGCAUAAUAUAUAAAUUAAAUAUAUGAAUAUAACUAAUUAAAUAUCUCAAGUAAU